CACGUGCCACUGCUGGUCUGAGAAUCUGGGAGGUUUCAGGCGGCUUGCGGCCGGCAGGAGAGUGGAGCGGUGCGCCGAAUCCGGGAAGCCGGACCGGCAAGAACCAACUCCGAGCGUGCCCGACCCCCUCUCUGGUGCUCGUCCCUCGCUGCCUGCCGGCUGUCAUGUGGGCUGCCCUGAGGUUGGCCCUGCGGCCGUGCAACCGCACCUUUGUCCCCGGGCCGCGCGCUUACCACGGGGACUCAGUGGCCACGCUGGGCACCCAGCCAGACUCGGGUUCUGCCAUCUACCAGGAAAACUAUGAACAGAUGAAAGCACUAGUAAAUCAACUCCGUGAACGAGCGCAGAAAAUAAGAUUAGGAGGCAAUGAGAAAGCCCGAGAACUCCACAAAUCAAGAGGAAAACUUUUAGCCAGAGAAAGAGUGGACAAUCUUAUAGACCCAGGGUCUCCAUUUCUGGAAUUAUCUCAGUUUGCAGGUUACCAGUUAUAUGUGAAUGAGGAGGUCCCCGCUGGUGGCAUUAUUACCGGCAUCGGGAGAGUAUCAGGAGUGGAAUGCGUUAUUGUUGCUAAUGAUGCCACCGUCAAAGGAGGUACCUACUACCCAGUGACUGUGAAGAAACAUUUACGGGCGCAAGAAAUUGCAAUGCAAAACAGACUCCCCUGCAUCUAUUUGGUUGAUUCAGGAGGGGCAAACUUACCGCGACAAGCAGAAAUAUUUCCAGAUCGGGAUCACUUUGGCCGUAUAUUCUAUAACCAGGCAAUUAUGUCUUCUCAAAAUAUCGCACAGAUAGCGGUGGUCAUGGGCUCCUGUACGGCAGGUGGUGCUUAUGUACCUGCAAUGGCUGAUGAAAACAUCAUUGUACGCAAGCAGGGUACCAUUUUCUUGGCAGGACCACCAUUGGUGAAAGCCGCCACUGGAGAGGAAGUGUCCGCUGAGGACCUUGGCGGUGCCGAUCUGCACUGCAGAAAGUCUGGAGUGUCCGAUUACUACGCUCUGGAUGACCAUCACGCCCUUCACCUAACUAGGGUGAUUGUGAGGAAUCAAAAUUAUCAGAAGAAAUUGGAUGUUACUGUAGAGCCUUCCGAAGACCCUUUGUUUCCUGCUGACGAGUUGUAUGGAAUAGUUGGUACUAACCUCAAGAGGCCCUUUGAUAUCCGAGAGGUCAUUGCUAGAAUUGUGGAUGGAAGCAGAUUCAACGAGUUCAAAGCCUUAUAUGGAGACACAUUAGUUACAGGAUUUGCUAGAAUAUUUGGAUACCCUAUAGGUAUCAUUGGAAAUAAUGGAGUUCUCUUUUCUGAAUCUGCAAAAAAGGGGGCUCACUUCAUCCAGAUAUGCUGCCAAAGGAAUAUUCCUCUGCUGUUCCUUCAGAACAUUACCGGGUUUAUGGUUGGUAGAGAAUAUGAAGCUGAAGGAAUUGCCAAGGAUGGUGCCAAGAUGGUGGCUGCUGUAGCCUGCGCCAAAGUGCCUAAGAUAACUAUCAUCAUUGGGGGAUCUUACGGGGCUGGAAACUAUGGGAUGUGUGGCAGAGCAUAUAGCCCGAGAUUCCUCUACCUGUGGCCAAACGCUCGCAUCUCGGUGAUGGGAGGAGAGCAGGCAGCCAAUGUGUUGGCCACAGUAGCAAAGGACCAAAGAGCACGUGAAGGGAAGAAAUUCUCCAGUGCUGAUGAAGCAGCUUUAAAAGAGCCCAUCAUUAAGAGGUUUGAAGAGGAAGGAGACCCUUACUAUUCCAGUGCAAGGCUGUGGGAUGAUGGGAUUAUUGAUCCAGUGGACACCAGACUGGUCCUGGGUCUCAGUCUUAGUGCGGCCCUCAACGCACCAAUCCCGAAGACUGACUUUGGCAUCUUGAGGAUGUAACUGGACUACAAGGCAUCUUCCAUGGGGCGUGUACCAAAAAUUAAUGUAGCCUUAAAAUUUUAGACUUUUCCAACAUGUGGCUAUUAUAGUAAAAUUGUUUUCUCAACACAGUGCAUUGUACUUUUCUACCUUAAAAAAAAAUCAGUGAAGAUAUUUAUUUGAUGAACCUCAA